CCCCGAUGAACGGGGAGGAUCCGGGUCUGCUCAGUUGCAUUGCGCCCUGUCAGUCGGCGGGUUUCUCACUCUCCAGUCUAAUACCCUCGAGGCAGAGGCUGGAGUUGAUGCGUGAGAUGUACCACAACGAGGCGGAGAUGUCACCCACCUCGCCGGAUUAUAACGUGGAGUCCUUGACUGGUGGUGAUCCUUUCUACGAUCGCUUCCCGUGGUUCAGACUUGUGGGCCGCGGGUUUGUUUAUUUGAGCAACCUGCUCUACCCAGUCACACUGAUCCACAAAGUGGCGAUUGUCAGCGAGAAGGGCGACGUUCGUGGAUAUCUGCGUGUGGCCGUUCAAGCAGUCAUGGAUGAGGAUAACUCUGAUCAGGUUGGGGUACGACAGAGCGCAAGGAUUGCCUUUGAGUCACCGAAGGGUGCUGUCAUCGACAAGAAUGCGCAAAAUUUAGAGGAGCGUAUUGUGGAAGGUCACAAUGCUAUAGAUCCAAUUAAACUCGAUGAACUAAUCGAAUGCGACGCAGAUUCUGGUCGCGGAGAUAGUUCAGUCUCUUCAGACGUCAAGGAGGAAGAGAUUCCCGAGCACCUGGCCGUCGGCAAAGAAUUCACCUUCCGCGUGACUGUUCUACAAGCCGUGGGCAUUUCCACUGAGUAUGCAGAUAUUUUCUGCCAGUUUAAUUUCCUACACCGCCACGACGAAGCUUUCUCUACAGAACCGGUCAAGAACACAGGCAAAGGCACACCUCUAGGUUUCUACCACGUUCAGAAUAUAACAGUAUCCACGUCCAAAUCGUUCGUUGAGUAUAUCAAAACACAACCGAUCGUGUUCGAAGUUUUCGGGCACUACCAGCAGCAUCCUCUACACAAGGACGCAAAAUUGGAAGGUUCAGUGCGCCAACCACCGCGUCGCAUGUUGCCACCAUCGAUACCAAUCUCCCAACCAGUACGCUCUUCAAAGUUUGGUGCGUUGCCCUCACCUUGCACGGCACACAUCCAUGCCAAAGUGGAUGUACUAGUUUGGUUUGAGAUUUGUGAGCUGGCACCAAACGGCGAGUACGUACCAGUUGUAGUUGAACACAGCGACGAGCUUCCUUGCCGAGGACUGUUCCUGCUGCACCAAGGUAUCCAACGACGCAUUCGUAUUACCAUUGUACACGAUCAAGCCGCCGAGAUCAGGUGGCGAGACGUGCGCGAGCUAGUUGUUGGACGCAUCCGCAACAACCCAGAGUCCGAAGACGAUGAAGACAAUGACAAUUCGGUAUUAUCCUUGGGACUAUUUCCUGGCGAGUACCUAGAGAUUCCCGGCGACGACCGAACUAUGUUCCGAUUUGAAGCGGCCUGGGACAGUUCCUUGCACAAUUCACCUUUACUGAAUCGCGUAUCUGCACAAGGCGAACAAAUAUUUAUGACGAUUUCUGCUUAUUUGGAGUUGGAGAAUUGCGGACGCCCAGCAAUCAUUACCAAGGACCUUAGCAUGGUUAUCUAUGGGCGAGAUGCACGCACCGGACCACGAUCACUGAAACAUCUCUUUUCGGGCAAUUACAGAAACGCUGAAGCAAAUCGCCUCUCGGGAGUCUACGAAUUACUGUUGAGGCGCGCGAGUGAAGCAGGUAGUCCAGGAGUUCAGCGACGUCAGCGUCGCGUUCUUGAUACAAGCUCUACAUAUGUACGAGGCGAAGAGAACUUACAUGGCUGGCGACCACGAGGGGACUCGCUGAUCUUUGAUCAUCAGUGGGAGCUGGAGAAACUCACACGUCUCGAAGAAGUGGAACGGGUGAGACACACGCUAUUCCUACGUGAACGCUUAGGUUUAGAUCGCAACUGUGGCGUCAACAAACUUCAACUCGAAUAUACAAAGAGCGAAAAGGAGGUGUGCAACAUGGUCGCGAAGAACAACAACAUGAAUGUCACCCCUGCCCUAGAAGUUUACGAAUACAAUGACAAGGAACGCGAGCUCCUCAACAAAUGCGUGCGCCUCAUUCAAGGCCGCACGCGGGAGAAUACCAACAACGUGAGCGGCUCCACAGUUGCCAGCCCCUCUGAAGAGAUCUCCGAAAUGUCUACUAGCAUGAUGUCCUCUUGUUGCCUGGAUCUCUGCUCGCCGGAACGUGCUGCUUUGCCCGGCGAGAUGGCGCCGUUCCCACCUGUACCAUCCUCACCUCCAGGUCCUCGCAAUCCCGAGUUGGUUCUAUACGUUCCCGAUAUGGAAGAGAUUCGAAUAUCGCCAGUGGUUGCACGCAAGGGUUACCUUAACGUGUUGGAGCACAAGACGCACGGAUGGAAGAAGCGCUGGGUUGCGGUACGGCGUCCAUACGUCUUCAUCUUUCGCGAUGAGAAGGAUCCAGUUGAACGGGCCCUCAUUAACUUGGGCACCGCGCAAGUGGAAUACUCCGAGGAUCAGUCUGCAAUGGUUCGACUACCGAAUACAUUCAGCGUGGUGAGCAAGCAUCGCGGCUACCUCCUGCAGACAUUGCAUGAGAAGGAAGUUCAUGAUUGGCUGUACGCCAUUAACCCGCUUCUGGCCGGCCAAAUUCGAUCAAAGUCAGCACGUCGCAACCCCGUUGCCGCCACUAAGCCGCAGACGUACGAGGGUGAUGCGCAGCAGAGCGCCGUCGUGACGAGCAAAUGAGAUUUGCUCAAUAUGGAAUCUGUACUUGUUUACUGAACGACAACAUUUUGCUGAACAACUAUCACGUAGUACCGUAAAUGAAGACCCUAAAUCGCCCUACCUAUUCAAUGUUUCUAGUCACAAAAAGUGUUGCAUUGUUUUUGUUGUGUUCAUUUCGUCUCGCGCGAUGUUCAAUUACUACGUUUGGUUUAAGGAGGGUUGUGAAGGCGCGAUGCUGAAAAAAGCCGACGGGUGUGUGCUCAAGUACAGGUUUCAUAUGAUGCAUAGUCAAAUGAUUGCAUUGUGGGUGAUGCGUAGGAAGCGUUUAUUUUUGUUGACAAAUGAUCUGUAUUUAUUAAUAUUAUUGUUACGAAUGAGUUACCGUCAUGAACGAAGUUUAACAAUAGCUUAACUAAGGUCGUAGUAAAAUUUAGAUAAAAUUCGCUUUUUGAAAACCAAGAAAAAGGAAAUGCAAAAUAUUUGGAAGAACAAUUAUUCAGCAACUAAUUUAAAUUGGAUUCACAACAAAUGCGCAUAUUUUAUUACAUUUAUUAGAUUAAUUCCAAAGAAAAAUUACCAAUGGAUAAGUACUGAUAACAAAAUAUCGAUCUCAGUGUGUUAUAAUUGCUUGUAUCAUAGAAUUACUACUAUACUACAUACACUAUAAUCGAUCAACUAACAAGAUGUUAAUCUAAAGAAGUAAGCGACAGCUAAACUUAAGGGCCUCAAGAACAACAAUUCUUAGAACUAUUUAGUUGACUUAAAAUGCUUUGAGAUUGAACAUAGACCAGCAGUCAGCAACGGACGAAUUUCGCACCACUAAGAGAUCAGCAAAUUAUAAAUCUACCAAGUGCAAUGUACAGGGUUUACAAAUGCAAAAAUUGGCUAUUUAACGAAGAGUACAUACGCUUACUGUUAUCAGUUUCGAUUGGAUAUAUAUAUAUACAUAUUUUCAAAAUUUGUUCGCCGAUGUUUGUUGAGGCUGGCGUCAGUAAAUGUAAUGUUUACUUUGUACGACUACGAUUCCGCUGACAUCGUGAACGUACCAAUAAUUAAGUUUAUCUUUUAUUAUGUUCUUAUGGAUGUUGAAUGUCGAUUUAUUCAAUAGGAAAGAAUGAAAUACUCAAAAACACACAUGAUGAUUGGAUAAUUUUGCAACAUUUUUGUAUGGCAUUCAUUGUUAGUUGAUUAUGUAUCAAGUCACACAAGGAAAAUGGAACGCAGGGGACAUUCACUGCACAGAAAAUACUAAUUACAUUCCAAACUUUAUCUAAAUGCUCUACAAAACUAAUAAAAGUAACGCUAAACGCUUCUAAUACGACGUAUACUGACUAUUCCAGGAAACGUUGCAUUGAAACUCGAUGGAGCCUUUGAAUGAAAUAAAUAUUUCAGCAGUAUUUGCGUAACUGCAAAUUUGGGGGCCACAGAACGCGAGCGACGCUAACGCGAAAACUGAUGACCUCUUAGAGACAAAAUACAAUUAUUUCAUUUCAGACCUCUGUUGGUUUUUUGUGAUCGAUGAUUUCUUGGAACACUCAGCCGUUUGCAAGAACUUAAAUUUGAAACUAUUUAAUGAAAAUGCAAACAAAUUACAUGCUACAUAUAUGAAUGUAUAAUAUUGACUUAACAUAUUUAAGAAAGAAAAAACACUUAAUAUAAGAUGAAACAGAUUUUAACUAUUAAGAAUAUGCAGAUACAGGCGUGGGGACGAGUCAAGACGAUAAAAAUGAUAUUAUAGGUGAAAAAUUAUUGAUUAUGUAAAAUGUAUAAUAAAUGUACUAGUAAAUUAUUAUUAAUAUUAA